AUGAGUGCUGAUCUAAAGGCUUUACUCCAGGAGGUGGCUUUACUCGAAGCGCAAAACGACAUCCACGGUCGAAUGUCUCGCUUCGUGGAUAAUCUACGCAAGAUUGGCGUCUCGAGUAUCACCGCCGAGGCAAUUCAGGCUCGCCUCCGCAUCCUCGAGACUUUAUGGACCAAAUUCGAGACCCAUCACGAUCUCAUCGUAGCGGCGCUGAAAGACAAAUAUCUUGAGAGUGAGUACGCAAAAGCAGAUUUUGUUGAUAUUGCGGAAACUACAUACGUGACACAAAGGAGCAUGCUGGUUGAAUACGCGAACAAACUUAAGGGCGAGUCGUUCAUCGCGCCCAAGGACGAGACUCAACCGGAGCACUCACUUAAGACUUCGCUGCCGCGGAUAAAGCUCCAGAUGUUCUCGGGCGAUUACGGAGACUGGCCAGCGUUUCGUGAUAUCUUUCAGUCCAUAAUAGGAGACAAUCCGUCUGUCUGCAACGUGGAGAAACUUCAUUACCUCCGUACCAGUUUGACAGGCCCUGCGGAAAAAAUGAUACGAUCAUUGCCAAUCGUCGGGGGCAAUUACGAGCGAGCGUGGUCAAUUUUAAGCGCUCAUUACGAGAACAAGCGGGAGCUCAUCCGCGCAAACUUCGCCGCUUACACCGCCGCGCCGAAAAUGAAGGCCGCAACCGCCAGCGAGCUGAGCCGCAUUUUCAAUGUUGCCACGACUGCCAUCAACGCUCAAGAGAGCAUUGACAGGCCCAUUGCCACGAACGGGAUGGACUUGUUCAACUUCCUGCUCGUCGAGCGAUUCGAUCCGCAAACCCGGAGGAAAUGGGAGACCUCGAUACGAGAUUCCGUCGAUCCCCCAAGCAAUGACGAUCUUAAUGGAGUUUAUAUCGAAGCAGAUCCUCACGCUCAACGCCGUGCAGCCGAGUUCCGUCGUGAAAUUCGGGGAAUCCUCCCGAUCAGCUAA